AUAAUAAUAAUACAAUUCCAGGCAGCCAAGCGAUCGAUCGGUCUUGAGGGUGGCGGUGGAAGCGAUCGAUCGGUCGCAAUGCCGAAGAAGAUGGGCGUGAACACGAAGGCGGAGGCGGCACACGCCCGCCGGAGCGCUGUGGAGGCGGAGCGCAAGGACCGCGCCGCCAAGGACAAGGAGGAGCAGUACUGGCGGGAGGCGGAGGGCUCCAAGUCCCGCGCCGCCAAGAAGCGCGAGGAUGAGGCCGAGAAACGCGCCGAGGCCGCCGCUCGCCGCGCCGAGAACCGCAUGCUCGCCGAGCAGGAGCAGCGGGAGCUCGAGGUCGCUGGGCGCAAGCCCGACCGCAAGGCCGCCCGCGUCUCCGUUCCCGUCCCCAAGGUCACCGAGGCCGAGCUCCAGCGACGCCGCGAGGAGGAGCGGCAGCGCAUCCUCCAGACCGCCGAGGCCGCCAAGAAGCGCCAGAGCCGCACCGCCGACGAGGAGGAGUACGAUCGGAUGGUGAUGAUCGAGAACACCAACAGGGACGACUCGGUGAUCGAGGCCCACUCCGUGGAGGAUGCCAUCGCCAGGAUGGCCCUCCCGGAGCCCACGCUGCCGCCUGAUCGCCAUCCUGAGAGGAGGCUCAAGGUUUCUUUCAAGGCUUUUGAAGAAUCAGAGCUUCUCAAAUUAAAGGAAGAGAAACCAGGUCUGAUGCUCAACCAGUACAAGGAUAUGAUAUGGAAGCUUUGGAAGAAAUCCCCUGACAAUCCCCUAAACCAGGUUGAUGCUGAGUGACCAGAUGCAGUUUUUCAUUAAAUAAUCACAGGUCACCUCUUCCUGAUAGUGGAGGUGUGAGCUGUUGCCAGUUGCUGUCUCUUCAUAAUAUAUCUGGGUUGAUGGAUGAACUCAUUGAUUUGGAUGAUCCUGCUGAUAAUAUGCAGCAGGAGUGAUGUAUAUUAGGAGAGUGAAAUAGAUCCAGAUGCGAAAAGACAUACUACAGAUAUUACUUUUCAGACAUCUCUCAAUGCAAUUCUAGCUAUGUAUCCACUAUGAACUACAGAAGAAUAGUGCAGCCACUGGAAGGUUUUUAUUCAUAAGUUUAGAGCUACAAAUUGCAGAGUAUUGUGGUGUUGGAUGAUUGUCACAAUUGCUUAUUAAGGUUUGGAGAGAUUGUGCUUGAACGUAAGUGAUAAAAGCAAAGCAGAGAAAUCAAUGUUGGAA